AUCAGUUCUCAUCCAUCGCUUUGGCAGAACACUCGUCCUCUUAUUGUGUGUGUUGUAUCAUUUUUGGGUAAUUUUGCCUCAAUUUGACCAGGGAAAAAAAACCUCAGUUUUACACAUUAGUCUGUGUAUUCUAAUAUUCUUACUGUAUUUUAAAUUGAAUUUGUGUUAUUUAGAAAAUUGUCUGGUAUUAUCCAAACAUUUCUUAAAAAUAAUUUUCAAGGAUCAAUCAGCACUUGGAGUAUUUUUUGUCCUCUGGAAUUUUUUAAAGGAAUUUUACAGGCAUCCAGCAUUGUUUUGUCAUAAGCAUGAAACAAACAGAGAUGGCCAGUUUUUCUCGUGAAGAAGACAACAGCCAUUACCAAGACGCAGAGAGUGAAAAUUUCCUCCCAGAAAAAAACCCAGGCAACAAGAAGUAUGAGACAGAAUAUCACCAAGGCAACGCCUCCUUUGGCAUGUCCGUCUUCAACCUGGGCAACGCCAUCAUGGGCAGUGGCAUUUUGGGCCUGUCGUACGCCAUGGCCAACACUGGCAUUGCUCUAUUUGUGAUCCUACUGGUGGCCGUCGCCAUUUUCUCUUUAUAUUCCGUGCAUUUGCUGCUAAAGACGGCAAACGAAGGAGGCGCGCUGGUGUACGAGCAACUGGGCUACAAAGCUUUUGGGAUGCCCGGGAAACUAGCCGCUUCCUGCUCCAUCACCAUGCAGAACAUCGGAGCCAUGUCAAGCUACCUCUACAUUGUCAAGUAUGAGCUACCCAUCGUCAUUCAGGCUUUAACUGGAGAAAGUGGUGAAUGGUACACGAACGGAGACUACCUUGUGUUGCUCGUGUCACUGGUCAUUAUUCUGCCGCUCUCGCUGCUCAGGAAUUUAGGUUACCUUGGAUACACCAGUGGCCUGUCUCUUCUUUGCAUGGUGUUCUUCCUGAUUGUGGUGAUCAUUAAGAAGUUCCAGAUUCCAUGCCCGCUUUCUGAUCAUAUCGACGCUGGAAAUGAGACAUUUAGUAAAAUUUCAAAUGCUACAGUAUCACCACCCAAUGCCACAGCUGAGGACUACAACGACGCCUGCACACCCAAAUAUUUUGUCUUUAACUCUCAGACUGUUUACGCUGUUCCUAUCCUGACCUUCGCCUUUGUGUGCCACCCAGCUAUCCUGCCCAUGUAUGAGGAGCUCAAAAACCGUUCCCAGAGAAGAAUGCAAGGAGUUGCCAACGUGUCCUUCCUCGCCAUGUUCGUCAUGUACCUCCUGGCGGCCCUCUUCGGAUACCUGACCUUCAACGUGCAUGUGGAGCCCGAGCUACUGCACACCUACUCCAAAGUCUACAAGGCCGACAUAAUCCUGCUGAUUGUCCGCUUGGCUGUGCUCACGGCAGUCACCCUGACUGUGCCUGUAGUGCUUUUCCCUAUCCGCACUUCAAUCAAUCAGUUCCUGUGCGCCUCAAAAUUCAGCUGGAUUCGCCACACCAUCAUCACGGUGGCACUGCUGGCCGGCACCAACAUCCUGGUCAUCUUCGUACCAACCAUUAGAGACAUUUUUGGCUUUAUUGGUGCAUCUGCCGCCGCCAUGCUCAUCUUCAUCCUUCCUUCAGCUUUCUACAUCAAAUUAGUGAAGAAGGAGUCAAUGAAAUCCGUGCAAAAGAUCGGGGCUACUCUCUUCCUACUGUGCGGCUUCGUGGUCAUGAUCGGCAGCAUGAGCCUCAUCAUCCUCGACUGGGUCCACAAUGCCACCGAGGGACAUUCCGACGGACACUAAGGGUCUGUGAAUUGAGGUCACCGAAUUUAUGAAGAUCAAAAAUGACAAAACGAAGACUUUACGCUUGGAUUGACUGAGAAACAGACAAAGCCGUUCCAAGAGAAUGUACACCUGAACUUGUACAGUUUGCCGUUUUCACACCCAAAGAACGUAUUGUUCCCAUACUUUUUUUAUAUUGGGGUUUGAAUUUUAUCUUUUGUCUUUAAUGUUUUUUUUGUAAUUAUAUGGUGUAAAAUUGGACGUGCCUCAAAGUUGGAAACGUUUCAAAACAACCGUUAGCAGCUGACACUCAGGUACGGUUUUGUUUUUGCGUGAGUGCGGCUGGCGAAACGGUGCAAACAACCUCAACCGAACAUUCGCAGAAGCAACAGACUUUUGCUUGGACGUUUUUGUUUUUGCCAAUGAUCUGCCAGUUAAGCGUGUUUGCAUACUGUACUGGAAAGCACUUAUCGUUCAGCACACUGGUGGAAAACCCAGACCAGGGCCUACGACACCGGGAAAAUGGCAAAAGACAACAAACCUGCCUUUUUAUAGCCAACACUGGGAGCUGCAGAGAAAGUCACUGGACUUUAUCAAAAAUAACUGGACCUGCUGAUGUUGAAGUAGUGUGCACAUGUCUGAGGAGAGGAGGCCAAAGAUGGUUUUUCUUUCUGGGAGACAACUUUGAAUUUGACCGCAUGGAGUGGUCGUAAAAACGCCUGUCAAACUUGCAAAAUGUAUAAUCCAGAAAAGAGUCACACUGACAAGCAAACGCACCAAAAAAAAAAAAGUCUUGUGCACGUACUUACGCACACGUUGUGCUUCCAACACUAACACAACACCAAACUCUUGUUGACCAACAUCUAUUUAUGGAAGAGCGUGACAUCAAAAUAACAUCCUAUUUUAUUAUAUUUAUAUGAUACUGUAUGUAUAUAUAUAUAUAUAAUAUAUAUAUAUAUAUAUAUAUAUAUAUAUAUAUACAUAUAUAUAUAUGUA